UAUAUUGUUAACUCACACGGCACCAACGUGCUUUUGUUUUGAUUUUUCUAAUUUUUCGUUUUACUAUUUAUUUUAAUUAAAUUGUUGUUUAUACUAAUGUAUAAUGGCACGCAAGUUUAAAAGUAAAAAACAAAAAAGAGUAAAAGACGUAUUUGAACAAAUCUCAAAACGUAAUGAAGAAUUAAAAGGAAAAACUAAUGAGCCUCCCAAAGAUCCUAAACGUCAAGAUGUGCCUCGGAGUUUACGUGAAUUUAUGCAACUAAAAAAAUUAGCUAAACGUAGUUUUAAAAAUAAUAGUCAACCAUACAUUGAUAUAGGAAAUAGAUUAACAAAAAAUAAUCAAAAAUGUGCAUUUGAACUAGAAGAAAAACCUGAACAAACACAUAUUAUUCGGGAAAGCGGAGUUGUUGUUACCGAAGCUAAAGCUGUUUUGACUGCAAAAGAAAAAUUAGUACAAGCUAAACGAAAAAGACAAUUAAAAACUAAACUAAAAAGAGAGAAAAAAAAAGAGAAAAAAAAACAAAAACUUGAUGAAGAAACACAAAAUAAAGUAGAACAUGCAACUGAAUAUGUAAAAGACAAUAUUGAAUUUGGAGAAACUGUACAUUGUCCUCCAACUUUGACUGUAAAACCUAGAAAAGCAGUUAUUAAUGAUUUUGAAAAUAGACCUGGUCGAAAAGAUGACUUGUUUUUGAAGUCCAUGUUAGCAGAUACUGGCAAUUCUUUUAAAGCAAAGAAAAUAAGUGAUGUUAUUUUGAAAAAACCUAGUAAAAGUGCUAUUCAACGUAAAGCGUUUACUGGCAAACGCAAAGCAUUGUCUUUAUCUGAUCGGAGGAUAAUAGAAAAAGAAAGAGAUUCGGCUGUGUUAGCAUACAGACAAUUAAAAAAAAAUUUAUCCAAUAAAACUGAAUAAAAUUAAUAAUAUUUAUUUUAAAAUGUUUUUUU